UUUUUUUUUUUUUUUUUUUUUUUUGGUUCUUUUUUUCGGAGCUGGGGACCGAACCCAGGGCCUUGCGCUUCCUAGGCAAGCGCUCUACCACUGAGCCAAAUCCCCAACCCCUAGUGUCACUACUUUUGAUCACCGAGAGGUAGAGGCAACUCAGAUGCCGUUCAAGAGUGAAUAGAUAAACAAGCAGUUUGUCUCCAUUGUGGACUAUUAUUUAGCCUUAAAAAAGAGAAGUGCUGUCUCAUGUGCUGCACUGAGGGCAUUGUGGCAAGUGCAGCAAGAAGUCAGAGAAGCAAGCACCAUGUGACUUCCCUUUCACGGGAUCUAACUUAGUAAAAGUCAGAUCGAUGAAGCAGAGUGAGGCAGAGGUUAGACGAAGGAAGAGGCGGAGUUGGUUAACGGACAGUUCAUUUUGCAAGGUGAAGAUCUUGUGUAGCUGGUGGUGAUGCAGCAUGGGGUUUGUGGCCAAUCUAAACAUAGCAAGUGUCAGGUGGUCACUUUAAGCACAUUUCACCACAGCUGCUUUAAUGAUACUCUACCACAGGGCUCUAUCUUCACACUCAUUGGCUUCAAAACUUGCUGUGGAGGGGCUGGGGGAUUUAGCUCAGUGGUAGAGCGCUUACCUAGGAAGCACAAGGCCCUGGGUUCGGUCCCCAGCUCCGAAAAAAAAGAACCAAAAAAAAAAACUUGCUGUGGAUACAAAAGUGUUAGCAUUUAUUUACCUAAACGUAUUUAGUCUUAGAAGUAUCCUUACAUAAUAAAUCAUGUCAAAACAGUUUUAAAAAAGAAGUAUGUGGUGGCUACAUUAGUGGCCGUGUGUAGGGCUGGAUGGGCUGUUAUCUGGGCUGAGAGGGGCACCAGGUAAAGGACCCUCUGUGUACAACAGCUCCUGUGCUGGGGCCUAGCCCUUGAGGGACUUGUGUGUUUAGGAAGCCUUUAAGUCAGAUGAGGUUCUUGCUAACAUGUGUUUGGGCUUUCCCUCUCUAGUAGCCCAGCCCAGCCCCUCGUGGGGUCAGGCUCAGACAGUCUGUGUCCCUGCCGUAUAGCUAUACUCUGAGGCCACAAGAGCUAAGGAUGGCCGACAGAAGUCUCGGGGUCUGAAGAUGUAGCUGGACCUCACCCUGGGCUUGCUGUAGUUUGGCUCUGCCAGCAGCUAUGGAAGCCCAGACUUCUCAGGGCCUGCACACUGGGCAGCUGCUCUGGUUGAUGGUACAGGCGGCAGGCACUGUGAACCUCUGGCAGGGUUUCAAGCUUUGGCCACAUUCCUAAGAAAAUAUGACUGGCUCAUGGGAGGGGCAGAGGGAGGGGAACCUAGACAGAAGCAAGGCCAAGGCUUCCUCAGAAAUUCCAGCCCUCCCGGGCCUGUUAGAUGGACAGCACCUCACUGAGCUCAAAUCUAAGAUUACCAAAAUAGAGUCUCUGGCCAAUGGGCAUCAUUACAGGUUACCGUGGACCUGGUCCCAAGUGAUAAGCAGGGCUGGGUAUAGACAUUAGCAGAGCAGCAAAUGUAAGGUUCUUUCAUAGCAUUUCUCAAGAAACAAAUACUUUAGCAGGGGGGAUUGUAAAGCAGCAUACUUGGAUUCCAAAGUUAAGCUUCGAGAAAGUAUGUAUCCAGGGACACACUGGAACAUGAUGAUGUCUUCUGCUGAGUUCCAAGUGCCUGUUCUGUAGGAGCCAUGUCAGGAGGAGCUUGGAUACCUACCCAGAUCAGGGCUCCCUGCUGCUGGAGCCCAGGCUGGCUUUGGAUCUCACAAUCCUCCUGUUUCAGUUUCAUGGUGCUGGGAUCACAAGCAGGUUCAAGCAUUGGUUCAAGAGCUGGGUUUUGUUCUUUGCUUAUAAAUGUUCCUCUGUUAUGGCCUCACAAUAAGAAAUCAGUGAGGCCCUUGCUCAUGCAGACCUUCACAAAUGAGUGUUUACUGCUCCUCUUGGCCUGCUCCUGAUUUCCUCGGGGUGACUGUUCCAUAACCCCACCCUAUCAGCAUCCUGGGGCAGACAGAAAAUACUGUCACAAACAUGAACACAGCUUGUAUUGCAGAGGGACCAGGUUCCUUUGAGAGAACCAGCUUAGAAAUAUAGGCUUAGUUCUGGAGGGGUCUCAUGAGAGUCUGUGACAUCUCAACUCUGUUCUUCCCACAAACAUUUGCUGUUUCUACAUUCCUUCUACUCCACGCUGAUAAACAUCAAAAUCUGGAAGAGUUGGAUUAAGAACAUUGAACAUGUACAGACAACUAGAGUGCAUCCUCCUUAUGUGAGGUUAAGCAAUCUUAACUUUAUAUUCUUAGAGUGGACGGAAACAGGAGUAGAAUUUAUGUCAAAUUAUGUCUCUUAAAAUAUGUGUGUAAUGUUCUUAAUAACAUAUAGUAUUUUAAGUGUGCAUGCGUGUGUGUGCACAUGCAUGUGCAUACAUCUCUGCAUGUGGAAGUCAGAGAACAACGUGAAGGUAAAGGGUUAGUUCUCUCCUUCCAUCGUAUGGGUCCUGGAGAUUGAAAUCAGGCUGGCUGGAUCAUUGGGGCUUCAGGUUUUCACCCAACAGCAAUACCACUGUCCCUCCUGACAGCAGUAUUGGGAGGACACGAGUAUGUGACUGUUAUCAUUCUGCUGGUCCAAGGGCAGCUUCCCACUGCUGAGAUCAGACCUCCGGUGCCUUCCCCAUUCCUCUCCACAGGAGCGGUGGCCAGGGUGUGUCCUUCCGUAGCAGCAUCACUGGGGAACACAUUAGAAGUGGGUGACAGAAUGCAGCCCUGAUGGCACGUGGGAGACCUAAGUAGAAACCCUGCCUGUCACUGAAACCCACCCUGGUAAUGUGGAGAAGGAGCUUGAAACAUUCUCCCAAAGCAAUUGCAGCCUAAAGAUGAUUCUGAGAGCGUGAGCAGGGUGAGCAAGGCCUGCUUUCUUUAGUAGACCACAGGGAGAACGCGGCAGCUGUCUAAUUAGCUCUGACAAGAAGGUGGCCGGGAGUUUAGCAGCUAUGAACAAUCUCUGAUGCAUCUCCCACUUAAUGCAUAGUGUGCCUUGGGAUAUUAGUUAAUUAAUUAGGAUGAUGUAUUAGUCAUCAUGAUAAACAAGACAUUUAAAAACUAAGCAUGCAGUUUGAACUCAAAAUUUAAAUUGUGUUUGAAGCCACAUAGCACAUCGGCCCUUUCACAGUGUGGUGGUAAACACUGACAGGCUUCUUCCUGUCCAGAUGCUCCCAGAGCCCCACUUCCUCUCAGCCCUCUGUUGUAGCGUCUUCACCCUCUUGAUCUCUCCAGUUUGGAAUGUCCUUGGAUGAGACCUCUAAUCACUUCCUGGGCAAUCUAGAGCCUCUAGGGCAGUGGUUCUCAACCUUUGGUUCACAAGCCCCUCUGCAAACUUCUAUCUCUAAAAAAUUUACAUUAUGAUUCAUAACAGUAGCAAAGAUACAGUUAUAAAGUGGCAAUAAAAAUAAUUUUAUGGUUGGGGGUCACCACAACAUGAGGAACUGUGUUAAAGGUCACAGCAUCAGGAAGGUUGAGAACCUCUGCUCUAAGCAGAGCCUAUCCCCAAGUGUCUAUUUCCCGACCCUCUUUUUCCCUGGUCCUCAGCCAAGUAUCAGCUACCUGUUGAGCAUUUCUCCAUGAACAUGGUCUUAGCCUGCUUGGCUGCUAUGAUGGAAUAACUUCAACCGAAUGUGUCUUUUUUUUUUUUUUUUUUUUUUCUUUUUUUCGGAGCUGGGGACCGAACCCAGGGCCUUGCGCUUGCUAGGCAAGCGCUCUACCACUGAGCCAAAUCCCCCAACCGAAUGUGUCUUACAAGCAUCCCUCUCUCACAGGCUCAGAGCUCGGGAGGGAGUUCAAGACCAAAGCCUGGUAGAUUGGGUAUCCAAGGAUGGUGCUUUCUUGGCUGUGUCCUUACAUGGAAGGGGCCUCGUCGGGAGCAAGGAGGUAGAUGCACACUGAUUUUAUUACGCUGAGGGUCAUCACAAGAUUCACAUUCCAAAUUCCUAACUAUGGUCCUAAGCCUGUCUCCCCAAGGCUGCUCACCCGUGUGACAUAGCUUAGCUGAAAUCAGGUCCAGUCUCUAACAAAAGUCUCUGAUUUGAGGUUCAGGAUCCUGGGGGAGACUUUCCAGCCACAGCACAAAUCAAGGUGGCGUCUCUCCAGAUGUGCAGAACAGAACAUAGUUGGCGUCAUGGGUUUCUAGGACUGUGUCUGGUUAUCCUGAGUGAGUGAUGUCACCGGGUUCUGGGUCUCAGGUUAUCAGCAGCCUUGGGUGUAGUGGGGAUCCUGACUAAGCCAUUUUUACAUGUCUAAAGGGCUUUUUAAAAAAAUCUAUGCUCAUCACAGGCCCAGAGUCUCUCUAUGACCAUACACGUGGGCUCUGUCCUCACCAACCAGUCAUUUCCUUGUUAUUUUACUUAUUGGGAGUGUAACUUCAGUGUGAGUUUGAGGUGCAUACCAUACACCUUUCAGAGCAUAGCAAUGUGCCCAGACUUUGUGUGCCUUCUCUCAAGCUUCCCAGCACAGUCUGGGCUGGUCCUAAACUUGGGAUUCUCUUGCCUUAGCUUCCUGAGUUCUGAGACUAUCAUUAUAGUCAGUUCUGGGCCCAUUACAUCUUGGACUUUGUGGCUAGGCUCAGAAGGCUCAGAGUCAUCCUUGCUUCCUCUGACUGUCCCGGGUAAUUCAUGAAGCUGCAGUCCUGUGCAGCUCCCUUGUAACCGGUGACCCGGUUUCCAUUCUUGUCUCAGAAAUGUCCACUUAUCAUUCAGCUGUUAGAGGGCAUAUUGGACCCACCUUGUAUGUCUGCAGCCACCUAACCCUGUUUUCUGCCCCAAGCUCCUGCCAACUUCAAUGACUUACCCUUUCUUGCAACUUGGCCUUUGCCCAUGCUGCUCCCCUGACUCUGGAAGUUGAGAGGCUGAGGGCAGGAGCCAGAGGCUAAGCUUCAGAGAUGAUGAAGUAUCAAGCCUCCCCGGAGCAGCACUGUCCCUCAGUGGGACAGAUCAUGGGACUCCUAAAGCGUGCCAUUGAGAGUCAGCUGCCUAGCUAAGAAGUGAGCCUUCACGGCAAGUAGCAUUGGUGUGAGGGGAAGGCCGCACAGGAAGGUAGGUGGUGGUGUGGAAGCCAGGCUUCAAAGGCUUCUGAAUAUCAACACUAGAGUCUUUCUCCCAGGUACUCCAGAAAGCAGUAAGGAUGUGAGAAGGAUUCUGUGUGUGCUUAGUCCCUACCUCCCCCUGUUCACUUUUAAAAGCUUCUUCCAAGGCUAGGUGUCAAGGAGCAUAUCUGUAACCCUGGAACUUGGGACAGGUAGGCCAGCCUGGGCUACAUGAGAUCCUGUUUUAAAAACAAACAAACUCCCUUCCACUUCUGGGUAGAACUAAGAAUCCAGGCCUCACAUGUAGAGUCAGAUCUUGGCUAUAAACUCUGGAGAGGACAGAGAAGCAGCUUCAGAGAGGCAGGAUGACUGUAGCAGCCACAGUAGUUUCUGCAUGCUCCCCGGUAAUAGUCUACAUUGUCAAGAGGUCCCUGAAGACCAGCCACCUCAAGGGGUCUGGGAGGCGAGGAGCUGAUCUUUGAGGCCUGUACAGCCGGUAAGCUAUCACUUACAGGUCAUGGUAGUGUGUGGCUCCCUUCUGGGUCUACCAGGGAACAGCACAGCUGCAUCAUUGGGAGGCCUCCUGCUCUCAGGGCUGAGUUCACAGUGCGGGACACAUGCUCUGCAGAAACAUGUGUCACUGGAGUGGGUAGGGGCCGUCUUGAGGUUUCAAAGUCUAUACCAUUCCCAGUUAGUGAUCUCCCUCACUCCCUCCAUGCUCCCCUACCCCCACCUGUGGGUCAGGACAUCAGCUUUUAAUUGCACCAGUGCCGUGCCAGCCUGCUUGCUGCCCUGCUCCCCACCAUAAUGCCAUGGCUUUCAGAAGCUGUGAGCCUCUGAGUUAAAUAUUCUCUUUUAUCAAUCACUUGGUCAUAGGGUUUUGUUACAUAGUAGAAACGUAACUAAGACUUCCCCAUUUCAUUGUAAUGAUUUGGGCAAACUUGGUGAUUCUGGCCUUUUUAGAAUUCUUUGAGGUGGUGAAAACUAUGAACUUAUCUUACCAGAAAAAUGCCUGUAUAUGGCUUAACAUUUUAGGAAAAGAACCCUCCUUUACGUAUCAAGUGCACUAGCCUGUCCAGUGCUCUAGCCUGUCCAGUGCUCUAGCCUGUCCAGUGGUGCUCUAGCCUGUCCAGUGCUCUAGCCUGUCCAGUGGUGCUCUAGCCUGUCCAGUGGUGCUCUAGCCUGUCCAGUGGUGCUCUAGCCUGUCCAGUGGUGCUCUAGCCUGUCCAGUGGUGCUCUAGCCUGUCCAGUGGUGCUCUAGCCUGUCCAGUGGUGCUCUAGCCUGUCCAGUGGUGCUCUAGCCUGUCCAGUCCUUUAGCCUGUCCAGUGGUGCUCUAGCCUGUCCAGUGGUGCUCUAGCCUGUCCAGUGGUGCUCUAGCCUGUCCAGUGGUGCUCUAGCCUGUCCAGUCCUUUAGCCUGUCCAGUGGUGCUCUAGCCUGUCCAGUCCUUUAGCCUGUCCAGUGGUGCUCUAGGCUGACCAGUGCUCUAGGCUGACCAGUGGUGCUUUAGGCUGUCUAGUACUUUAGGCUGACCAGUGCUCUAGGCCUCCUGUACUUUCAGUAACACCCCCUCUCCCUACUGUACAUCCUUUUUUUUUUUUUUUUUUUUUUUUUUUUCUUUUUUUCUUUUUUUCUUUUUUUCGGAGCUGGGGACUGAACCCAGGGCCUUGCGCUUGCUAGGCAAGUGCUCUACCACUGAGCUAAAUCCCCAACCCCUGUACAUCCUUUAAUUCUCAUCCUGCUUCCUUUCAGUUGGACCAAGUGGUGUGCUUCCCCAGCCUGCCUCAGCAUGGUAACCAAGUUACUGUUGUACAUGUCAUCUGAUGCUUAAGCCUAAUUCUGAAUCUGGCCAGUGAGUGUGCAGUGUCUCCUUGGCCCAUGAGCUCUGCCUCAUGUCCUUGACACCUGACCUAUGCUCCGCUCAGCCCUUUGAGCAUGUGCAGGACCAGGCUCCCUGCCCCCAUGGAACAUUCCCACCAGGCCCCAUGCUUCCUUGUAUUGUUGUAGUUCUCUCCAGGAGGGAAAUGACCAACAUCAGACUUUCCUCCCCCCCAGACAUACACGCACAAAGCUGGGUGUCAGUCCCUGGGCAACACCCAAGAGCCCUAAGUUGUUUCUUUGACCCUUUGUGGUCAAAUGGUACUUCACAAUGGUACCUCCUCAGGACCAACCUUUCCUUCCCUUCCUUUCUAUCUUAGCAUCAUCGCAGUGAACAGUGCCCUGAGGUCCUGAGGGGAGCAGAGGGAGAGCUCUCCCUAAAAUGUUCUAAACUGUAGGGCACAGUGUCAUGUUUCUGAUUUAUGUUGCCUCCCACAAUCAAACUAUCCUUCCCAUGCUCAGAUACUUGCGAGGGAGGUAUUAGUUUGAUUGUGUGAUGGAAUUGAGUUAUUUAGCAGUGCAGCAGCAGAUCUGUGCUCCAAGGGCCAGCCCUUGAGAAGGUAAAUCAUUUUCUUCCAGUUGUAGCCGAGGCUUGUAGUUUGUAGAUAAUCGCAGGGAAACCCACAGCAGUAGCUGUUGUUUGUUGAGAGCCUGCUGUGCACCGACACUUUGUAACUUCUUACUUAGCCUUUCGAGUGGCCUUUCCUACUUAGCCUAGGGUGGCUAGAUGGCUUGAUUGUAAACGCUUUUUUUUUUUUGGUUCUUUUUUUUGGAGCUGGGGACCGAACCCAGGGCCUUGCGCUUCCGAGGCAAGCGCUCUACCACUGAGCUAAAUCCCCAGCCCCGAUUGUAAACACUUUUGUCUCACAGUUCACUGGUCAGAAGCACACUGACUAGUGUGCUUAGACCAGGCCAGCUGCCCUCCAAAGCCAGUUUCUGCCACCGUCCUUCCUCUCUGGACAGGAGGAGACGAGCUUUUUACUAGGCAAAGAUGAAGUGGGAGGGGGAUGGAUAAGGACUUCUUAGUAGCUGUGUGUGAGAGAGAAGCUGAUCGAGUCUGCUUGGCCUCUGCUCUUCUGAGUAUGUGUUUGGGGGUUUCUAGCACUGUCUUCAUUCAAGAAGCAACUGAUAACCCAAGGCCUAGUUGUCUGGUUGGAGUCAGCAUGUACUCCCAGUGCCUUCUGGUGUUUGUGGGACAUGGGGAAGUAUGGCCUUGUUGGCUGUGAAUAGAGCCUUCCACUCUGGUGCACUGACUUUAGUUUGCUUCGGUUUUCGAGACAGGGUUUCUCUUGCACUAGCCGUAACUGCUCUGGGAUCAUCCUCCUUCAGUCUGGCAAGUGCUGAAAUCAUUGGCUGGAGCGGCCAUGUCCAGGUGUCAUUCAGAUUUUGAUUCGUCCUGUGAGUGUCUCCUGUCAUAUCCCUGCAUGGGAAUGUCAGCCGGUCUUGACUAACAGCAUAUUUACUGUUUGUGAUGUUUCUGGGUACACUUUCUCGGCAAUUCAGGAGGAACCCUUUAAAAAAGACUCCUCAGCUCGUCUCCCUGCCCCACUGGAGAGCACAGGUUUGAGUCAUAUGAAACCAGGGCUUGAAGAAGCCACCAAGUCCUCAAGUAACAUAUGCUCUUGAGAAAGUCUCUUUGCUGGUGCCAUCAGUGGGUGUGUUGUGUGGAACUUAGGUUCGUUUGCUCAUGGAAACCCCACUACCAGAGUGACAGUUCAGAAACAGCAGGUCAGAACCCGAGCCCAGCUCUGUAUACAUUUUGCUGCUGUUGUUGUUGUUGUUGUUGUUGUUGUUGUUGUUGUUGUUGCUGCUACUGUGUGAGUGUGGGCCUGCAAAUGCUGUAAAAGAAGAGAGCACGUCACGGGGCAUGUGUGACUGCCAAAGGGCAACUUUGAAGCUCUCCUUCCAUCACGGAUUUCUGGGGGUCAAAUGCAGGUACUCCUGAAGCACCCACCGCACAGAUCCUGAGCCCAGGGCUGUAACUGGCAUGUUCUGUGGUGUCUGCAUCAGUGACUUUCUAGACCAGGAGGAGCAGUACUGAUGUGCCACUCCCAGGGCAGAGGCCCUGCGUGGGCUCUGGCUGGCUUCCGUGUGGCUAACUGUUCUAAUGUGGGGACACUGGGACUCCUCACUGGUUCAUUCCUUCCCCGAUCCGUCUGCAUCUGUGUAUCAGAGUUGCCGAGCCCACUCACUCCAUGGCAGUUCUUCCUGCUGGGCAGUGCAUAAAUGAUUUGCCGAACGGUGAUAAAGUAAAACUUUCUCUAAGUAAAGAUGUUACAAUGCAGGUUCCAACCAGAGCCUCUCAGAUGUGUUAGUUUGAACAUACUUUAACCUGCACAUAGCCUGUAAGAAGCCAGUUCAAGUAGUGUAUUUGUAGCUAAAACUUGUAGAAAAGGUGUUCAGGUGUUUAAUGAGAAGGAGACAGAUGAAGUUAUUCCAGAUCAUCAAAAGGAUUAGAUGGUUAGCAGGUAGCUGACUAGCAGCUUGCUGAGCCGCACAGAUGCGGGCUUUUACCCUUGGCCUGUCCACUGUUGGUUGCACUAUGACUUAGGUGGGGGUCUGUGCAGUGAGGGAAACAGGAUCCUCUCAUCUCUUCUCAUUCCUGCAGCAACCUUGGAAAGAUGAACUGGGUACACUUAGUUUUGCCAAGUUUGGAAGUUCAGACUGUGAUUUUCUGAAGUGCUUUCUAUAUUGAUGGAGGAAAACCCAGUACCCAAAGAUCUCGGAGAGAUUUAGAGAGGCCAUUCUCCCAGGCUAGCUGGGGCAGCUCCAGAGUUGUAAAGAAGACUAAGCCUCUCUGGUUCUAAGGGUUCUAAGGCCUUGUGGGUGUUGUCUUAAGUCUAUUUCCAUUCGCUUCCAUGCCAUUGCCACCCAGCUUCACAGAGCAUGUCUGCUGUGUACCACUGGCUAACCUGGAGCCAGGGCUUUCCCACCUCACCUGCUAUAUAGAGUCUGAGGUUAGGAGACAGUCGUGAGGAACAUGCACCAAGUCUUCUCAAGUGGCUCUGGUCCAAACAAGGCAGCAGAGGGGGCGGGGUGUGGUGUGUCCACUUGGCAGACAGGGAAACUAAGGCUGCUGGGUUCAUGGACAACAGCAGUGGCAGAGCUGGGGUUGAAGCUCUGGCUGGGCCCAGAUCUGGCAAGCUUACCCUGAUGCCUCUGAGCCGCAUUUCUACCUCCUACUGUGGGGCCUGAAAUACAUUAGACUUAGCCCCCCUCCCCCACCAUGGUUUCUCCUUUCUUUUUUGCCCAGGCUUCAUGCCCUUGUUUUCUUCCAGCAAACCAGGUGCCACCUUCUCCAGCAGAACUGUUAUCCAAAUGGAGUGGGCCUUAGGUCUCCGAGUGCACACCUUAUAGGUGGAAUUGGCAUUUUGACUCCUAUCACUUGCAUCUGAGUGCGCCCCCGCCCGCCCCGGAGCCACAGUAUUAAUGAGAUCAGUCUUGUUUCCUCUGACCAUGUCAUGGGUCUGCAAAUGAGACUUUAAAUAGAAGAUGUGACAGAUGGGUCUGUGCAGGUUUCUUCACUGCAUACAAUAGAAUGGACCAUCUUGACUUUCAGCUCCUGGGUUACCACUGCCUACUCUUCCCCUCAGGAAAGCAGCAGGGCCAGGAGCACAGCCCAUUCCCUAGUCCCUGCUGAGCUAGUGAGUAGUGAUGUCAAAGGAAGCAAAGGGCUGCUUAAUAUAGUGGAUUACAGAACCCACCGGUAGGGCAGGGCGGUGGGGCAGGGCGGUGAGGCAGGGCCGGAACAGCCCUUUCUUCUAGUUUCCUCCCAGGACCUCUAAAGAAUUUGAAAGGCAGGAGGCUGAGAUGUUUUAGAGUGACAGAGUUCCUGCUUUCCUGAGGGUGUGGCAGCCCUCCUGGAGCUCUGCCUGAGGCUGCUGGGUCAUUGGGUUAACCUAGAGAUGAGUCCCCUUUCAGCCAGUGUCUUGGUUCUUACUGUCAUUCGGUGAAGAUGUCUGGGCUGGGAAAGGUGCUGUGAUCUGCUGGCUUUAGGAUGGGCAAUGCCAUUGAAAAACAGAAGCCCCUGAGACAAAGCCAUCUGUGCCCCUGGAAACAAGACUCUCAGCGCUCUCAUCUCUCCUCCUUCACCAUGAAGCUGAUGGACAAAUUCCACUCUCCUAAAAUCAAGAGAACACCAUCCAAGAAGGGAAAGCCAGCUGAGGUGUCGAAGACUCCUGAGAAGCCUGUGAGCAAAGAGGCAAGAGACAGAUUUCUACCAGAGGGCUACCCUAUCCCCUUGGAUCUGGAGCAGCAGGCAGUAGAAUUUAUGUCCACCAGUGCUGUGGAUUCCAGGUCUCAGAGGCAGAAGAACCUGUGCUGGCUGGAGGAGAAAGAGAAGGAGGUUGUCAGUGCCUUGCGCUACUUUAAGACCAUUGUGGACAAAAUGGCCAUUGAUAAGAAGGUUCUGGAGAUGCUCCCGGGGUCAGCCAGCAAGGUGCUGGAGGCCAUCUUACCCCUGGUGCAGACUGACCCUCGGAUCCAGCACAGCUCAGCCCUCUCCUCUUGCUAUAGCCGAGUGUACCAGAGCCUUGCCAACCUUAUCCGCUGGUCUGACCAGGUGAUGCUCGAGGGUGUGAACUCAGAAGAUAAGGAGAUGGUGACGACUGUGAAGGGUGUCAUCAAAGCUGUGCUGGAUGGAGUGAAGGAACUGGUGAGGCUAACCAUUGAGAAGCAAGGCCGGCCAUCACCAACAAGCCCAGUGAAGCCCAGUUCCCCAGCCAGCAAGCCUGAUGGUUCUUCCCAUUUCUCCAGCCAGCCUGAGCUCCCUCUGACAGAACGAGAAAUGGAGAUUCUGAACAAGACAAGUGUGUCACCAUCCACUGAACUGCUCCCAGACUCCACCAGUGAAGAGGUUGCGCCCCCCAAGCCCCCUUUACCUGGCAUCCGGGUGGUUGAUAACAGUUUGCCUGGAUUUUCUGUCUCUUCUAGUCCACCAGCAUUACCACCCAAGAAAAGGCAAUCUGCUCCAUCCCCUACCCGGGUGGCUGUGGUAGCCCCCAUGAGUCGUGCUGUCAGUGGCUCCAGUUUGCCUGUUGGAAUCAAUAGGCAGGACUUUGAUGUUGAAUGUUACACCCAGAGGCGCCUGUCAGGAGGCAGCCGCUCCUGUGGUGGUGAAUCUCCUCGCCUGUCCCCCUGCAGCAGUACAGGCAAGCUCAGCCGGUCAGACGAGCAGCUGUCCUCCCUAGACAGGGAUAGCGGGCAGUGCUCACGGAACACAAGCUGUGAAACACUAGAUCACUAUGACCCCGACUAUGAAUUCCUCCAGCAAGACCUCUCCAAUGCAGACCAGACCCCUCCACAGGCAGCCUGUAACCUCAGCCCACUGCCGGAGUCCAUGGGGGAGUCUGGGCCCCCAUUUGUUGGCUACUCUUUCCAGCUGCCUCUGGGCAGCUGUCUCCAGCAGGAUGGACAGCAGACAGAUACUCCACCUGCCCUUCCUGAGAAGAAGCGUAGGAGCGCAGUCUCCCAGACCACGGACAGCUCUGGCUGCAGGGUGUCCUAUGAGCGACACCCCUCACAGUAUGACAACAUCUCAGAAGAUGAUCUGCAGAACCCAGCCCAGCCUGUGUCCUACCCGCCCUUUGCUGCUAUCCUGCCCUUUCAGCAGGGAGCUUCUUCCACCCCUGUUGAGUUUGUGGGUGAUUUCAGUGUUCCUGAGUCAGCCGGUGACCCAGAAAAGCCACCUCCUCUACCAGAGAAGAAAAACAAACACAUGCUGGCCUACAUGCAACUGCUGGAGGACUACUCAGAGCCACAGCCCUCCAUGUUCUACCAGACACCGCAGAGUGAGCACAUCUACCAGCAGAAGAACAAGAUGCUCAUGGAGGUCUAUGGCUUCAGCGACUCCUUCUGUGGUAGUGACUCCACGCAGGAGCUGGCCCCUCCACCCGCUUUGCCCCCCAAGCAGCGGCAGCUGCAGGCCUCCUAUGCUGCUUCUUCCUUCUCUGUCUCCCACUGUGUCCAGCAAACUAAAGUGGCCUUCACCCCCGAGGACGGCAGUGCCGCUCAGGGCCUCAGUGUAUCCGUGUCUAACUCCUUUCUCAACCGGCACGGCAGCUUGCCUGUGCCCUCGUACAAAUCUGUGUUUAGGUCUUACUCCCAGGACUUCAUGCCUCACCACCAAGCCUCCGUCCAACCUUUCCUUCCGCCUACCUCCUCUUCCUCUCCACAUUUCCCACCUGUCCACGCGUCCCAGAGCUCGGACUUAGCGGUGCCCACCGUAAGCAGUCCGCCUCCCAGCACCGUGGACGGGCCUCUCUCGUCUUCUCAGGACAGCAGCUUUCAUGGGAACCCUGUCCGCCUUCCUUCCGAAACCUCUUUCACUGACUCGAGUGAAAACGCCAGCAGUGAGGAAGCUGGUGGGGGUGAAUAUGUCAAUCUGUACUCCUCUGGCCAGACCAGCGAGGAGCUAGCUCCCUCUGGAGGAGAACCGCCAUCUGGGAAGGACGGACAUCCCAGAGAUCUUUCGGUCAGCAGUGCAUCUGGGAAGGACAGCAGAGAAAAUGGGGAGAGGUCCCCGAAGUCACUGGAUGCUCUGGAGUCAGCCCAGUCAGAAGAGGAAGUGGAUGAACUGUCCCUCAUUGACCACAAUGAAAUCAUGGCCAGGCUGACACUCAAGCAAGAGGGUGAUGAUGGACCAGAUGUUCGUGGAGGUUCAGGAGACAUCUUACUGGUCCAUGCUACUGAGACAGACAGAAAAGACCUGGUCCUGUACUGUGAAGCCUUCCUGACCACCUACAGAACCUUCAUCAGCCCCGAGGAGCUCAUCAAGAAGCUGCAGUGCCGGUACGAGAAGUUCUCUCCCUUUGCUGACACAUUCAAGAAGCGAGUGAGCAAGAACACAUUCUUCGUGCUGGUGCGGGUGGUGGACGAGCUCUGCCUGGUGGAGCUGACAGAGGAGAUCCUGAAGCUGCUGAUGGAGCUAGUCUUCCGCCUAGUGUGCAGUGGAGAGCUCAGCUUGGCCAGGGUACUCCGAAAGAACAUUCUGGACAAGGUGGACCAGAAGAAGCUGCUCAGGUGUGCCCAUUCCGACCAGCCUUUGGCAGCCAGGGGUGUUGCAGCCAGGCCAGGAACCUUGCAUGAUUUCCACAGCCACGAGAUAGCUGAACAGCUGACACUGCUGGAUGCCGAGCUUUUCUAUAAGAUAGAGAUUCCCGAAGUUUUGCUUUGGGCCAAAGAGCAGAAUGAAGAGAAGAGCCCCAAUCUGACCCAGUUCACAGAGCACUUCAACAACAUGUCCUACUGGGUGCGGUCCGUCAUCAUGCUGCAGGAGAAGGCCCAGGACCGGGAGAGGCUGCUCCUGAAGUUCAUCAAGAUCAUGAAGCACCUGCGCAAGCUCAACAAUUUCAACUCCUACCUGGCCAUCCUCUCCGCACUGGACUCGGCCCCCAUCCGCAGACUGGAGUGGCAGCGACAGACCUCAGAGGGCCUGGCUGAGUACUGCACGUUGAUUGACAGCUCAUCCUCCUUCCGAGCCUACCGGGCUGCCCUCUCAGAGGUGGAACCUCCAUGUAUCCCAUACCUAGGUUUGAUCCUGCAAGACCUGACGUUCGUCCACCUGGGAAACCCAGACUACAUAGACGGGAAGGUCAACUUCUCCAAGCGGUGGCAGCAGUUCAACAUCCUGGACAGCAUGCGCUGUUUCCAGCAGGUGCACUAUGAAAUCCGGAGAAACGACGACAUCAUAAACUUCUUCAAUGACUUCAGCGACCACCUGGCCGAGGAAGCCCUAUGGGAACUCUCUCUGAAGAUCAAGCCUAGGAACAUAACAAGGCGGAAAACAGACCGUGAAGAGAAGACCUAGGAGCAGGCUGGCUGUGAGGAUGCUCAAGCAGCCAGGAGAGGACCUGGACCGUCCCAGCCUCAGAGCCUGUCCAUGGCUUGGCUGUGUGGCAGCACCGAGUCUGCCGGCCGGUUUCCUGCCUCCUUCCCUAUGGCUAAAGCCCCAGGGUUCACAGUGAGCUGGCUGGCAGGCCUCAGGACUGGCUUGUGUACUGGUGGCCCCUGGUCUGGUUUUGUUUUCUGUUUUCUGUCGAUGCUCCGUCCUGUUCCCUACUGUCCCCUCCAACAGGGAGCAGAAGAAACCUGAGCAGCAGACCAGGGGAGUGGCUGGCUUCCUUCCUCCCUCCCAAGGCUGUCUUUGCCUUCUUAAGUGGCAGAUAAGUAGAGGCCCCACCCAGGCCCCUUGGGUAGACCGCCCUCCAGGGUACCUGGAGCCAGAGGAGAUAGGGCUGGGAGGUGGAAGAAGGAGAAAAGGGCCACAGCAGGCAUCUUUCACUGUCCAUUUCCUGCCUUUUAGACAUGGAGGAUGAGGAUGUCGACCUGGCGUGAAAGUAUCAUGGGAUAGGCAGCAGCCAGAGCUGACACUUGUCACAGUACUGGCCCCAGCCCUGUCCUGCCAGGCAUGGUCCACCAAGGCUCACCUGCUGGACUGACAGCAGCACCAGUUGCACCUUCCACCCUGUUGCCCCACCACUGUCCAGCCCCAGCCCAGCCCACAUCAGCGGUUCUCUGGGGAUCAGGAACAGGAGGCAGAAGGGAGAGUUCAUGCUGAGCUGGGGCCAAGGCUAUGCUUCCAAGUGGCUCAGAGAGUGAGGAUCUUUAGUGACCUAGGGAGAGGCAAGCAGCCUCUCCGUGCUUGCUGUGUGCCUUAAAUGCCAUCUCCUGUUCCUUCCAGCCUGGGGCUUCCCUCCUCCUGUGCCCCACCCCUGGCAGCCAGCAGGGUCCUGGGCCCUUUUUGCUCCCUGGGAAUGUCUCCUGUUCCCAAGGCUAAAGAAGCCUAGGAUGUGAGGCCUCCAGGGGCUCCUGAUUCCAGACAGGUGGCAGAGCCACCCCUGCUGCUGAGGUUGACAAUCUGUUCAGGGCUCAGGACUGGGAUCUCCCUGGCCAUGGUCCCACGGCCUCACUGUAGGCUGAUUGGCAGGGUGCAGGUCAGAAUGCAGAGGUGCUGCUGGCCCUGCACCAUCCCUCCAGUUCAGGUUUGCAUGGACAGGCACCCUCAUCUUCUGGUCAUGGGGCUUGGCCAAGUGGAUCCCAGGAUUUCUGUGCUUCCCAGCCCAGUCGUCAGAGCAGAAGAAAAGACAGCAGCAGCUGCUGGCCGGGUACUAAUUUGAAACAGCUGUCACUCUGAACCCUUCCUGGGUUGGUUUUUUGUUUUGUUUUUGUUUUUAAAGCAGCUUUUAUCAAAUAAGAACUAUAGGACCCUCUUCUGUUUAUUUGUGCUGUAAAUAGAAAGGGGACAUCUGUAAACAGCCCCUUGGCCAGCUCCCUCUGGCAGCAGCCGGUACUGGAUUGUUUAUGGAGCGUUUGUGGAGUCAGGCUUGUGAACAGUCGCGUGGGUCUUUGGUGUGUUCCUCUUUUACAGGUCCUUUCAUUUCAGUCUUUGCUCCUACUUGCUGUCCUUCACCAGCUCUAGGUGCUGCUGUGUGCGAGUGGGGAACACUGUGCACACGGGGUCUUUCCUCCCAGCGCUUUAGAGGCCCCUGCAGCCUCCCUCUGUAGCACAGGCCAACAUAGGCCCAGCCUACUGGUGCUGCAGCCAACAGAGCGGCUCUGUGGUCUGUGUCUACUGGUUCCCAAACAUGAGCUGGCUAGAAAGGAAGGCUCUCCUUCCAGACCAGAAAAGCCAGGCCCUCCUACAAUCCUGGGAGCCUUAGGCAGACUAAGUCAAGGGCCAGGGCACGUCUGGAGUUUCUGUGUGGGGAUGUUGAGGUGCGAUGUGUGGGUUUAACUUAUUAGCCAGCAGGCUUCCCCAGUCACCUGCCUCUGGCUGCGGCUGAGCCCAGUGUUCCCGCAGCCUGGCUUCCACAUGUCUGUUUUUUAGGGGUGGGGGGCUGGGAGAGCUGUGAAGAUGGGUCUUUAUAGAUAUACUAAGCAGCAUGGACAAUUCGGUUCCCAGCAGAGGCCAGCCCUUACCUGUGGAUAUGGUCUGACCAAGGCUAGGGCAAGCAAACACCAUGUCUGACUGACCCUUAAGUCUCCCAGUGUGGCACUGUAAUAUAACCCCCCACUCACCUGUCUGACAAUGCAUCUUCCUACAGACAGAACAGCGCGCAACUUUUAUAUGAAAGAAAAAUAAACAGACAAAAGCCCGUCUGAUGCCA